AUGUCGACCGAAGAUCUCAAGGCGCACGCCGCCUCCAACCAAGAUUUCUACGCGCUCCUCGACGUGCACGCAGCCGCCAACGAAUCCGAGAUUCGGCGCGCCUACCGCCGCACGGCGCUCAAGUACCACCCGGACAAGAUCGCGAACCCGACCACCACCGACAUCGACAAAUUCCAUCUCCUCCAAAUCGCCUACGAUGUGCUCUCCGACCCCUCGGUGCGACAGCUCUACGACAAUGCGCGCGAGGCGCGGCAGCGCAAGCAGCGCGAGCGUGACAUGAUGGACGCAGCGAAGCGCAAGAUGCGCGAGGACCUGGAGGCAAGGGAGCGAGCUGGGGCGGCAACAACGGCCGGUGGAGCCGCGGCCGGGCGGGGUGUGAAAAGGACAUGGACGGCCGCGGGCGAGGACGACGCCGAGGAAAAGCUGCAGCGCGAGAUUGAGCGCAUUGCAGAAGACGGUCGUCGCAGACGCCGUGAGGCCGAGGAGAAGCUGAAGAGGGAACUGGACGAGGAGCAGAAGAUCAUGCAGCAGGAGGAAGAGGAGGCGCGCCGGGCUGCGGAUCGCAGUAGCCAGCGUGUCGACCGCUCGCAGGAGGGCGGCGCCAAUGUCUCGGAGCUGGAGCGUGCGGUCAAGGUGCGCUGGGUGCGCGAGGGAUCUGGGCUUGACCUGGGGACAGAUCGCUUGGCUGCGCUCUUUGCGCCGUUUGGCAAGGUCGAGAAUACCUUUAUGCUGAAGGACAAACGCCAACGCGUGGGCGAUAAGCGAGAGAAAAAGACCGUCGCUACGGGCGUGGUGGUCUUCUCAUCUAUUGUCAGCACGCACGCCGCGGUGCUGGAUAGCGAUAAGAAGAUUCGCGGGCACGCGGGGAAACCUGACGGCGAAUGGGCUCGCAUCGACUCGGUCUUCUGGGCUUCAGGUAGUCAGCCUGAUUUGGGCUCCAGCAUAGACAAGCGGACUCCCCAAGCACCCCCUCCAUCAUCCAAGCCCCAGGAGACCCCGAAACCAUCUGCCCCAUCAGCCAUCCCGUCUUUCAAUUCCCCGGGUCUGAACUCGGCCACGAAGCCUAGUAAAGCACCAUCAUUCGGGUCCUUCGCAUCUGCUGCAGCCACAGCGAAUGCCCCUAAAGCUUCUUCCUUCAACCCCUCGACCAAGGGCUCUAGCACGCCCACUCUAGAGGAGCUAACGCUGAUGCGGCUGAAAAACGCACAGCGCGAGAAGGAACGCAAAGCCCUCGAAGAAGAGAUGGCGCGCGAGGAUGAGGCCGCAGACGCUGCAGAAGCGGCAGCGACCAAGGCUACUUGA